AUGCUCGGCAUCCUGUCAACAUGCUGCUUAUUUUUCCCUCUCUAUUUCAUCUACAAGCCCCCGGCGCUCCUCAUCCGUUAUUUGCAAAGUCGCUGGCCCGACGUCCUGUUUCAUCACCCAGUUGCCAAGAAAAUCGUCGCGCUGACCAUCGACGACGCGCCAUCAGCACAUACACCGGAAAUUCUCAGUCUGCUAAAAGCCCACGAUGCGACUGCCACCUUUUUCGUGAUCGGAUCUCAAGUGCCGGGUUAUGAAAAUGUCCUCUCCGACCUUGUUCGGGCCCGGAAUGAGCUGGCCAAUCAUGCCAUGCACGAUGAGCCUUCGCGCGCGUUAAGCGACGAGUCGCUGACGGAGCAGAUUCUAGCCGUCCAGGCUAUAAUCCAAGAGGCAUAUGAUGCAGCCGACCAGGGCCAAGGGCCUGAUCAGUGGUACUUCCGGCCGGGCUCAGGCUUCUUCAGCUCGAGGAUGCGGCGCCUGGUUGGGGGCUUGGGGUAUAAGCUCAUCUUGGGUGAUACAUAUCCUCACGACCCACAGGUGCCUUAUUAUAGAUUGAAUGCCAAGCACAUCCUGAGCAUGGUCAGGCCAGGAAGUGUCAUUAUCUGCCACGACCGCCGAGAGUGGACUGCGCCUAUGCUUCGGGUGGUGUUGCCGGAGUUGCAACAAAAAGGAUAUACCGUUGUCACGGUAUCUGAACUGUUACAAGAGAGAGCUGUGGAAUGA